AGUAUCUAACUGGUAAGAUACCCGACUUAGCUGACUGUAAAAGUUGUCAUUUUCUGAAACUACACUGCUCCGGUCCCAGCUUCAAGUCUCCAUGGUAUACCCGGCUUAAUGGCUCUUAUUUCAAGCCUCCAUGCUCGAACACGUUCAAUACAGGGGUCAAACCAAUGAGCAACAUUCGAACCCCUAUUCCGGAGAUCAAGCGAUUGACGGUCGAAGAGAUGGCUCGGAGGCAUGAGAAGGGACUGUGCUUUAAGUGCAAGGGGAGGUUCACCCUGGGUCAUAAAUGUAAGCAAAAUUUUCUGAUCGAGUUUAUUGACUCGGGUGAUGAGGAGCCAGAGUUAGCGGAAGAAAGGGAAGCAGAGGAGCUCGAGGCGCUCGAUGAUGAGGCCGAGAUCUAUGUGCACGCCAUGGCAGGCACCAAGGGCCCGAGGAUGAUGCGACUGCCGGCGUGGGUGAAGGACCGGCGAGUGACUGUGCUCAUGGACAAUGGGUCGUCGCACAACUUCAUUAAUGCGAUGCUAUCUCACAAACUUAAACUACCCACGUCCAAGGUCGAGCCAUUCGAGGUUCGGGUGGCUAAUGGUGAGCGACUGCGGUGCUCAAAGGUGUACCGAGGAAUACCAAUCAAAUUCCAAGGAGUAACGGUGAAGGCGGACCUGUUUGCCUUGCCAUUGGUAGGGCCGGAUGUGGUUCUUGGGGUGCAGUGGCUCGAGGGACUCAGAGAUGUGACGACCAACUAUCGGGAGGGCGUGAUGAAGUUCAAGACCGAUGAUAGGCUGGUCACCUUGAAAGAAAACGAAGGAUCGACCAAGGAGGUUGGUCUAAAAAGCAUCGAGAAGGUGUGGCGAGGUGGCGGGCAGUUGUACGCUGUC